AUGGUUAUCACUAAAUUAGAAGAAGCAGAGCUUGAUUAAAAAAAUGAAUUAAUAAAAUAGAGAAUGAAUUUUAAAUCAGUGCUUGCUCAAACUGAAAAUCAGCUUAAGAAAAUUUUGGAAGAAUUAUAGCUUUAAAUAUCAUCAAUAUAUGAUAUGAUUAAGAUGAAGGAUAAAUCAUAUUUGAAAAUCAUUAAUUUUAAUUUCAAUCUAGAAGAAGCAUGUUAUGCUGACUUUGAGAAAUUAGUACAGAUUUUAGAAGGAAACACAUUAAAUAAUUGGAAUGCUUUGAAAAAUUCUUAUAUGUUAAAGUUGGAAAAAGUGAUGAAUUGGUGGGGCCAAGAAAUU